AUGGAAGUGCGCCACAAAUUGGAAUCCAAUGGGAAUGAAGAGAGACCAGUUUUGUUUUGUUCACUCAGAUCUAAAGCAGCCAUUGCUGAAGUAGCUACCUCGAUGAUCCUUUCGUGCAGUACAAACCUCUCUCAACCACCAGAACAUCCCAAACAUUGGCUCCAAAAUUGGAGCAAACAACAGCAAAAGAAAGUUUCUUUCAUUCUGGACAAUGCAGAUGAUGUUCUCGAAUCUGGUGAUCGAACUGCAUUUGUAACCAUUUUAAAGGACAUGAGAACUCUAUCAAACUGUAAGAUCACAUUUGUUAUCACUACUCGAAAACUAUUUCAAUUAGACCCCAAUUUGCGAAUGAAAUGUGUGAGAUUGAGAACAUUAUCCCGUGAGCACGCACAGGAACUCCUCUUGUCCAAAGUCCUUGAUCAAGAUGUGAAACAGGGGCUCUCCAAAACAGAUAAAUUGGUUCAACUUUGUGGUUGUGUACCCCUAGCUUUAUGCAUCAUUGGUUCAUUGCUUUUAGACUUUCCUGAAGAUCAGCUCAUUGAACGCCUUGAGGAAAAGCCAUUGGAUGUCCUCAAAGAGGAUGAAAGUGAUGAAAAUUCUGUUGAAAAAGCUAUUUACACUUCUUUCAACUUUUUGAGAGAACAUGAACAAAAGGCUCUGGUACUUCUGUCAGUUUUUCCAGGUUCAUUCAGUAAUAUUGCUGCCCAAGCUGUUAUUAAGGCAGUUGAUUGUCAAGGAGAUCCUGGAUCAAUUCUCCGUUCCUUGAAAAACCGCUCUCUUAUUGAGACACCAGCCCCAUACAGAUAUCAAAUCCAUCAAUUUAUUCAAACAUUUGCAAAGAAGAUUGAUGAAGCCAACCUUUCUCCAGUCUUACAGCUGCAGGGGGAAAAAGCGGCCUGCAUCCACUUUAUUUCCCACCUAGUGGACAUUGCCACGUGCUACUGGAGCAAGGACAAGUGCCAAGAGGCAAUUCACUCUUUUAACACGGACAGGCAUAACUUUGAGUACUUCUUUCAGUUCUUCAUCAAAGGACAAGAAAAACAAGAUUCUCAACUGAAGAAAACUAUGGAAAACUCAGUGGAGAAGAUUUCCCAGACAUGCACAUUUUUAGAAAUGUGCAUUCUACCAAGUGAUUAUUUGAGGCACCUUGAUCAGCUUGAUCAGCUUUUGAUGUCUUACCAACAGCCUGUCACUAAAAGAGUGGAACUUCUCUGCCUCCUAGGGCAUGAGUAUAGGAAAAUCGGUAAUCAAGAUGAAUACAAGAAGUUGAUUGAAAAGGCUGCAGACCUACACUCAGAACACUCUGAAGAAUUUGACAAUGAGAAGGUGUCAGAGGCUUUCUUUUGCAGUAAUUAUGCACGGUUCCUCUCUGAUGUGAAAAACUGUUCCAAAGCUGAAGAACAAUUCAUUAAAAGUUUGGAGGUGUGUGAACAAUUCAAACCAAUGGAUUUUGUACAGAAAGGCAUAAGUUUGCUUUAUGCUGGACGAAAUGACAACAGACAAAAUAAACGUGACCAGGCUGAGGUAAAGUUCAAUGCGUCAUUAAAGAUUUUUCAGGAAAAUCUUGGCUCUCAUGUUAUGACUGCUCUACUUCUGAAGGAAAUUGCAGAUUUUCACCUCUUCCAUGGUGAGAAGGGUCUAGGAUCAGCUCCUGACCGACGCAAAUCAAUUGAACUUUAUAAACAAGCUCUGAAAAUGAUGGAAAGUGUUGGUAUUAAAGAGCAGAAAGAAUGCAUUCUGCCAAUUACCAACUUAGGAGUGUGUUAUCAAUUUCAAGGUCAGAUGGAAGAUGCAAAGAGUUUAUUUCAAGCAUCUCUAAAAAUUGCUGAACAAGAACUAACUGAGAAUCAUAGGUGGAAGAUCUAUGCAAUGGCUCAAAUGGCCUUUUGGUUUAAAAAAAAUGGAAACCCAGAGGAAGCAAAAGAGUGGAAACAAAAGGCAUUGACAAUGAGCGACACACUUCAACUGCCAGAUCACCAACCACCCAACAAAUUUUUGCUGGACAAAAUUUAA